AUGUACGUGAGCUACCUCCUGGAGAAGGACGGGCCCAUGUACCCCGGCCCGGUGCGGCACUCGGGGGGGCUCAACCUGGCGGCGCAGAACUUCGUGGGCGCCCCGCAGUACGCGGACUACGGCGGCUACCAUGUCAACCUCGACAGCGCCCAGUCCCCCGGCCCGGCCUGGCCUGCGCCCUACGCUGCCCCGCUCCGCGACGACUGGGGCGCCUACGGCCAAGGGGCGCCGCCGGCUGCCGGCGCCGUCCACGGCCUCAACGGCGGCUCCCCCGCCACUGCCAUGGCCUACAGCCCAGCCGACUACCACCAUCACCACCACCACCACCCGCACGCCCACCACCACGCCGGCCCCGCGCCCCACUGCUCCGCCGGGGUCAUGCAGCCCCUCAACGCCGCCAACACCGCCGCCCCCGCCCCCGAGCCGCUCUCGCCCGGCGGGCAGCGGCGCGGCCUCUGCGAGUGGAUGAGGAAGCCGGCGCAGCCCCCGCUCAGCAGCAGCCAGGUUAAAACCAGGACGAAAGACAAAUACCGCGUCGUGUACACCGAUCACCAGCGCCUGGAGCUGGAGAAGGAGUUUCACUACAGCCGCUACAUCACCAUUAGGAGGAAAGCGGAGCUGGCCUCCAACCUGGGGCUGUCGGAGAGGCAGGUGAAAAUCUGGUUCCAGAACAGGCGGGCAAAGGAGAGGAAGAUCAACAAGAAGAAGCUGCAGCAGGCGCAGCCGGGUGGCGCGGAGCCCCUGAGCCCCGGCGCCCCGCUGCAGGCUCCUGCGGCGGGGGCGGCCGCCACCGGGCUGGGCCCCGCCGCCCCCCAGUGA